GUUUUUCUCAUUCGGAUUCGCAGUUUCAUUUUUCGGUCACAGUUCAAUUCGCGGGACGAAAUUCCUAGCGACUUGAACAGUAGUAGACUUCCGAUUCUUCUGCUGUAUCUGCUGCUGAUCGAUUAUCGUUCCUUCAAUUCUAUCAAUUGAUCGCCAAUUUCUUGAUUUCUUUCUCGUACAUGUAGAAGGCCUCUCAUUCUCAAUCGCAAACCAGGCAGACGAAGAAGAAGAAGAAGAGAGGCUUAAGGAAUUUUAGCUGGUUCUCAGUUCCAUGGCUGCUGGAUUUAACUCGAGCUUCUUAUUAUACGGUUGUGUGUUGGUUUUCAUUUUGCUUGUAGUUCCAUUGAAGUCGGCUCCUCAAGCUUUCAGGAGAGAUCCGGGACAUCCUCAUUGGCAUCACGGAGCCUUCCAUACCGUCAAAGAUAGUGUCCGAUACGAUGUUCGUCGGAUGCUUCAUUCACGAGCUGAGGUUCCCUUUCAGGUUCCACUUGAAGUGAACAUCGUCCUUAUUGGUUUCAAUAAUGAUGGAGCCUACCGGUACACAGUAGAUUCACACAAGCUAGAAGAGUUUCUGAGAGCCAGCUUCCCGUCUCACAGGCCAUCCUGCCUUGAGACUGGCGAGCCCAUUGAUAUAGAGCAUCAUAUUGUAUAUAAUGCCUUUUCUGCAGGUCAGGCUGAAUUGAUAGCUCUAGAGAAGGCAUUGAAGGAGGCCAUGAUUCCUGCUGAAACCGCAAGAGAGACUGAUUUUGGAAGGGAGGUACCUCUGUUUGAGGUUGAAGCAACAACAGUUGAACCUGUGUUUCAGAAAUUAUAUUCCUAUAUUUUUGACACGGAUAAUGAGGCAUACAAUGCUGCUGAGAGGGAUAGACUUAUGCCAAUUGCCAUUUUUAUUGUCAACUUCGAUAAGGUCAGAAUGGACCCCAGAAAUAAGGAAAUCGAUCUUGAUAGUUUAAUGUAUCAGAAACUUGCCCCGCUAAAUGAUGAAGAUGUGAAAAAACAAGAAGGCGAUUACAUUUAUCGUUACCGAUACGAAGGUGGAGGAGCAACUCAAGUUUGGCUGGGCUCUGGCAGAUAUGCUGUGAUUGACCUCUCAGCAGGCCCGUGCACAUAUGGAAAAAUUGAAACUGAAGAGGGAAGCGUCAGUUCUAGAACUCUACCACGUUUGAGGAAUGUGCUAUUUCCAAGAGGAUUUGGUGCAGCUACUGAUCAUUCAACCCAUGAUAAUUUUUUGGGGGAACUUGCUGCCCUAGUAUCAACCACCAUUGAACAUGUCAUAGCCCCGGAUGUCAGGUUUGAAACUGUUGAUAUGACAACGAGAUUGCUUAUACCCAUAAUCGUCUUGCAAAAUCAUAAUCGAUACAAUAUUAUGGAAAAAGGCCACAACUACAGUAUAAAUGUUGAAGCAAUUGAAGCAGAGGUUAAAAAGAUGACUCAUGUUGGGCAAGAAGUAGUGAUUAUCGGUGGUGCACAUCUAUUACAUCAUCAUGAAAAGCUGGCAAUAGCUGUUUCAAAAGCAAUGCGGAGCCAUUCCCUACAGGAAACGAAGAAUGAUGGUCGUUUUCAUGUUCAUACCAAGGUGUAUUUGGAUGGUGCUGUCCUCAGAGAAGAAAUGGAAAGGUCCGCCGAUGUGCUUGCUGCAGGUUUGCUUGAGGUGGCUGACCCAUCUUUAUCUGAUAAAUUUUUCCUUCGCCAGCACUGGAUGGAUGAAACUGAUGUUUCAGAUGAUUCAGUACUGAAACAUAAACCUCUUUGGGCUACAUAUCAAUCAAAAAAGGGCAAGAAGGUGAAGAAAAAUGAAAAAAAGCAAGGGGAUUUGCACCGAACUUAUGGAACUAGGGUACUUCCAGUUUUUGUCCUAUCAUUGGCUGAUGUUGAUUCAAAACUCACGAUGGAGGAUGAAAGCCUGGUUUAUGCAACCAAGGAUGUCGUUAUCAUACUUGAGCAUCAAAAUGAGAAGAUACCUCUCAGUUAUGUUUCUGAAACACGCAGAAGGUAUGCUGAUCCAUCGCAAGCACAACGUCAUAUAUUGGCUGGGCUUGCUUCAGCUGUUGGUGGUUUGACUGCACCUUAUGAGAGGGCUUCUCAUGUUCAUGAGAGGGCAGUUGUAAAUUGGCUCUGGGCUGCUGGUUGUCAUCCUUUUGGCCCGUUUUCGAACACGACUCAAGUCAGUCAAAUGCUUCAAGAUGUUGCAUUGAGGAACAUAAUAUAUGCACGUGUAGAUUCAGCUCUACACCGAAUCCGAGAUACAUCAGAGACUGUCCAAACCUUUGCAGCAGAACAUCUCAAAACUCCACUUGGUGAACCAGUGAAAGGCAAGAAGAACAAGACAGCUACUGAGUUAUGGUUGGAGAAGUUCUAUAAAAAAACGACCAACUUGCCAGAACCUUUCCCCCAUGAACUGGUUGAGCGACUCGAGAAAUACUUGGAUAACCUUGAGGAACAGCUCGUGGAUCUAUCAUCGCUAUUGUAUGACCAUCGCUUACAAGAAGCACAUCUGAAUAGUUCAGAAAUUUUCCAGAGCUCCAUUUUCACCCAGCAGUACGUCGAUUUCGUAUUGAGCGAAGAGAGGGAGAAGAUGAGAUGCUGCAGCAUUGAGUACAAAUAUCCAGUGCAGUCUUCUCAAAAUUACAUCUAUGGAGGAAUUCUUCUAGCUGGGUUUGUCGUAUACUUUCUUGUCAUCUUCUUUUCAUCACCAGUGCGCUAACACUAAGAACAACAUAGUGUUAUAAUGUUUUAUAUUUUCACACUAAAAAAAAGUACUUUUCGGUUCUCAUGCCAAUAGGAGUUUAGAAAAUUUUGAUCAUAUUGGCAGAUAACUUUGGUCGUUCGUACAAUUAGAACACAUUUUCACUAAACAGAAUCAAUCAGAAAGAUUUUAUUUUUCUUUUUUUGAA